AUGUCUAAUUUAGUUCUUCUACAAUCCCCACCGCCCAAGCUAGAAGAUGUUCAGAAAAAAAUAUUUGAUAAGGGUGCUAAAGAAUUUCUGACUAAGUUGCAUAGGCAGUUUGAUAACAGGAUUGAUGGAUUAUUUCAAACAAGAUUACGGCGGGCUGUCGAACUACAAUCAAACAAUGCUUUAAGUUUCAAAACCUCACCAGAAAGAUCUGAUAAAACUUGGAAAAUUGCACCUUUGCCCUCUAGGCUGCAAAAUCGUCAUUUGGACUUGGGCGAUGUAUCGGCAUCCAAUACUGCUCACUUUGUGAGUGCCCUAAAUGUUGACAUUCAAGGAAUUCAGGUUGAUUUUGAUGACGGCCAUUGUCCAACAUGGAAAAAUCAGUUAUUGGCAUAUAACAACAUCAAUUUGGUUGUAAAUGGCAAGCUUCCUGGUGCACCAAUAAGCAUUACAACAUGCCCUAUUCUUAUGUUGAGACCCAGAGCUUGGAAUAUGAUAGAUCAUGAUAUUUUGAUUGAUGGAAAAGAGACUAGUGGGCCUUUAAUUGAUUUUGGAAUACUCAUGUAUCACAACGCAAAGAAGCUAUCUCAAGCCAACAGCGGACCAUAUUUAUAUUUGUCCAAACUGGAAGGGUCCUCAGAAGCUAAAUUGUGGAAUGAGAUUUUUAUGUGGACGCAAAACGAGCUGGGCAUACCCCAAGGCACUAUAAAGGCGUGCGUUUUAAUUGAAAAUAUUAUAUCAACAUUUGAAAUGGAGGAGAUUUUGUUUGCGUUAAAGGAACAUUCUUUAGGCCUUAACUGUGGAAUUUGGGAUUACUGUGCCUCUAUUAUUGCUAAAUUUGGUGACAAAAAGGAAUUUCUGCUCCCUGAUAGGAAUAAAUAUGUAAAUAUGGAUAGGCGAUUCCUCAAGUGUUACAUGCAGGAGGUGGUCAAAACAUGUCACGCUAGAGGUGCACCAGCAACGGGGGGGAUGGCAGCGGCUAUGCUGAAACCAGGAGCAACAGACAGCGAUAACACGUCUAAAGCAAUAAUAAAGAAGGUUCUAGAAGCGAAGAUGAAAGAAAUAGAAAUAGGCGUAGAUGGUUUUAUGGUAUAUGACUCGCGUAUUGUACCCCAUGUUAAUGAGCUCUGGAAGAAAAGCAGCACAACACCAAACCAAAUACAUCGUAUCCCAAAUGUGAUUAUAACUCGUGAAGAUUUACUUGCCAUACCUAGCGGUGGCGUAACCCUGCAGGGGAUCAAGCACAAUGUGGCUGUGUCGAUUCUCUUCGUUUACCACUGGCUGGCGGGGAUAGGCCAUUUCUUUUAUAGCGGUAAUGUGGAAGAUUCUGCUACUGCCGAAAUUUCUAGAGCACAGAUCUGGCAAUGGAUACGGUUUGGGGUUGUGUUAGAGGACGACGCAAAAACUCAAGUGACAGCUAACUUAAUAGAGAAGACCGCCACCAACUUCGCUGCGCACGCGCAUAAGAAUCUAUGCCGUUCGAAUGCUGAGCGAAAACGCCUAAAUGCGGCAAGGUACAUGUGCCUCGAAAUAUUUCUGAGUAGGAACCCACCAGAAUUCAUUACUAGUUAUCUGAAUGAUAACCAUAAGUUUAGGACACUUCACAAUAAGGCAUUGUUGAGUAAUUUGUAA